AUGGCCGAUCAGGAAAAAACUCGCGUGUGUUUGAUAGCUGUAGAUGGAAGUAAACAUUCAAAUCAUGCUCUCGAGUGGUUCAUAAAACAUGUUCAUAAACCCAACGACCGCACCAUUCUGAUCACAUGUGUCGACCACUCCACCGCUUUCGCCUACGGCAAUGUUUCCAUGGUUCCGGGAAAUCCUGACGCAAUAACGAUGGCCUAUAGAAAAGAAGAACAUAAGGCGAGAGAUUUGCUGAAAAAACUGGAGGAGCUUGUUCUUAAACACGGAGUGGUUGCGGAAACUCUGAGAGUCUCUGGCGAUGCUGGAGAGGCUAUAGUGAAGGUAGCAGCAGAAUAUGAGGUGGACAUGAUUGUGACCGGAUGUCGUGGUUUGGGCCAGAUCCGGCGAACGAUGAUGGGCAGUGUCAGUGACUAUAUAAUUCAUCACUCCCAUACACCUGUACUUGUCUGUCGCCACGAUUAA